ACCGUACAAUAUUUGUUUAAACAGUAUUUUUAAUGAAUGUAAAUGCGGAUCAGCAACACACCUUCCUCCAUUCACUCCUAUAUACGACGGACAUUGCCACUUCGACGACAUUGAAAAUACAAAUUUUGUCUCAGAAAUGAAAGCUUCUUCAAUUCGACGUCUUGUACUAGUUUCCAACAAACAUAUUCCCGAUAAUUUGUUAAAAUUAUAUAUAUAUAUCUCCUGUAAUCCUAACGUAUUAAUCCACGAAACUUUUGACAUUCAUCCCGAAUAUUUUUCCAAAUUUAAUUACCGCGAACAACUUCAGAAUCUUCAAAAUGUUUUAAUCAGCGGACACAGCACCCAUCCUGAUCGUUUACUCGUUGGUAUCGGCGAAUACGGUCUCGAUUGUACAAGUACACGAGAGUUUAACGAUCAGAUAUUCGUGUUUUCCAAUCAAGUUAUUUUGGCUAAUCGUUUCGGGUUGCCACUAGUUCUACAUUGUAGAGGUAGAGAGUAUUUUCCUCCCAUGCUAUCGGUUUUACAACAACACCUUCAUUCGGCGGAUCUGAACACGAGUAACGAAUUUUUAACUGAUUUUGAGAACGGAUACAUCGGAUUAAAUGGUUCCAUCACAUAUCUCAAAAACAUUGAAGAAGAUAAGAAAAUGAAGACAUGGUUAUGGGAUGAAACUAUAUUAAGAAGAUUAAUUUUAGAAACAGAUGCUCCACAUCUUCCGCCACCAUAA